AAAAAUCCCAAUAAAUGUAUAUUAAUUGGUUUGCAUGAAAGUUAUAGCGUCUACAAAUGGUGGUAUAUAUACAGGAAUGUUUUUUUUUUCUAGUAAUGGCGGCAAUCAGCGACUUAUAGUGGGACUGCAGUGGGCAUUCUGACACUGGGGGAACUGACUUGGUGUCACUGACAUCCCCAGUGACACCAAUACAGUGAUCAGUGCUAAUAAAAAGCUCUGACACUGUACUAAUGGCACUGGACAGGAAGGGGUUAAAAUGUGGGGAGAUCAAAGGGUUAACUGUGUGCUGUUUUACUAUGAGGCUGUGUACGGUGUUUCACUGUAAGCACAUUGCUUUGUAUGGCUCUGCUAUGCAUAGCCAUACAAAGCAGUGCACAGGAGCUGAC